AUGACAACACUUGCUAUUCUCGGAAGACCUAAUGUUGGGAAAUCAACGCUAUUUAAUCGCUUGGUGGGUCAACAAAAAGCCUUAGUAGACGAAACCCCUGGUGUGACACGAGAUCGCCAGGAAGGUCGUGGGAGCUUAGGCGAUUUGGUUUUUUCCCUUGUGGACACGGCUGGUUUUGAAGGUGCGGGCACUCAAGACUUGCCGACGGCAAUGUGGGAACAAUCUAAAAAAGCCGCAAAGCAAGCAGAUCUUAUCUUGUUUGUCAUUGAUGGACGCGAAGGUCUUAUCCCUUUGGAAGAGGACCUAAUGAAUCAAUUGCGCCCCUUGGGCAAACGCAUCAUUUUGGUUGCGAACAAAUGUGAGGGAGGGAUAUCGGAUACUAUUUUUGCAGAGACUCAUAAAUUGGGUUUAGGGUCCCCUAUUCCAAUUUCUGCGGCUCAUGGUCAAGGCUUACAAGAUCUUUUUACUGCAAUUGCGCCUCAUGUCAAUCCUAUUGAAGAAGAGAUCGAUGAAGAAAGCCCAAAGGCGCUUCAGUUAGUCAUUCUAGGGCGGCCCAAUGCCGGAAAAUCAACCCUUGUAAAUAGCCUGUUAAAAGACGAGCGGGUUCUAACGGGUCCUGAAGCUGGUUUAACAAGAGACGCCAUAGCCAUUGACUGGAACUACGGAGGACGCCCUCUACGUUUAGUGGACACAGCAGGAUUACGCAAACGUUCUCGUGUGCAAGAAUCCUUAGAACGUCUUUCAACAAAAGAUGCUCUUCGAGCAAUGCGGUUCGCCCAAGUUGUUGUGCUGACGCUUGAUGCAACACAUCCAUUGGAAAAACAGGAUUUAGUUUUAGCAAAACGCGUCAUUGAAGAAGGGCGUGCGCUUGUUUUAGGCUUAAACAAAUGGGACAAAAUCUCAAACUCUAAAAAGCAAUCUUUUUUAAAGCAACUCCAUGAAAAGAUUGAAACAACUCUAUCUCAAGUUUCUGGUAUUCCUAUCGUACCCUUUUCUGCAAAGGAAAAAAGGGGGCUUGAUGCUUUGAUGGAUCAAGUUUUUAAGGUUUAUGAUUUGUGGAAUCGACGUAUUUCAACAGCAAAGUUGAAUCAGUGGCUUGAAGAUGCUUUAGCAGCCCACCCACUUCCCUUAUCUCAAGGGCGACGUUUACGGUUAAAGUAUAUGACGCAAAUCAAAACACGCCCACCAACCUUUGCUAUUUUUGCAAGUAAGCCUGGAGAAAUUCCCGCAUCUUACCAACGCUAUCUCAUAAAUAGCUUGCGCGAAGUUUUUGAUCUCCCGGCUGUUCCUCUCCGCUUAAUCUUGAAAGCAGGAAAAAAUCCUUACAAAGAGAAAAAAACUUAA